AUGGCUGCCUGUGUCCGGUUUACCCGUGUUCUAGCUGUCCCCGGAACGACUCUGGGAGGCCCGCGGCUACCGGGCCUGAGACGGCUAAGCUGCUCGGUAGGACCGGGCCAGGCCGUCUAUGAUGUGGUGGUGGCCGGUGGGGGCAUGGUAGGGACUGCCAUGGCCUGUGCCUUAGGACACAAUGUUCACUUUCGUGACAAGAAAAUCCUGUUACUAGAAGCAGGUUCAAACAAAAUUUUGGAGAAGUUGCCAGAAACUUACAGCAACAGAGUCAGCUCUAUUUCCCCUGGCUCAGCGACUCUCCUCAGCAGUUUUGGUGCCUGGGAUCACAUCUGCAACAUGAGAUACAAACCUUUUCGUCGGAUGCAGGUCUGGGAUGCCUGCUCAGAAGCUCUAAUAACAUUUGAUAAAGAUGAUUUAGAUGAUAUGGGAUAUAUUGUGGAGAAUAAUGUCAUUAUGUCUGCUCUCACCAAACAAUUAGAUGCUGUCCCUGAUCAGGUGGAGGUUCUUUACAGAAGCAAAGUCAUUAGCUAUACCUGGCCUGGUCCAUUCUUCAACACAGAUACCAAUCCAUGGGUUCAAAUUACUUUAGCUGAUGGCCACCAGCUUCAGACAAAGUUGUUGAUUGGUGCAGAUGGUCAAAACUCAGGGGUGCGGCAUGCUGCUGGAAUCCAGAAUGUGUGCUGGCCCUAUGAUCAGUCAGCUGUUGUGGCUACUCUGCACUUAAGUGAGCCCACUGACAAUAAUGUGGCAUGGCAGAGGUUUCUUCCUUCUGGGCCCAUUGCCUUACUGCCGCUCUCAGAUACUUUGAGCUCCUUGGUGUGGUCCACAUCCCAUGAGCAUGCAGCAGAACUGGUCAGCAUGGAGGAGGAAAAUUUUCUGGAUGCCAUUAAUUCUGCCUUUUGGAGCGAUGCCAGUCACACAGACUUUGUCGACUCUGCCGGAUCCGUGCUGCAGUACGCUUUUACACUCUUGCAGCCCACUAAGUCCUCAGCCCGACAGCUGCCCCCAAGUGUCGCCAAAGUGGACCCACAAAGCCGAGCACUGUUCCCUCUCGGGAUGGGGCAUGCCGUGGAGUAUGUCCGACCCCGAGUAGCACUCAUUGGGGAUGCAGCACACAGAGUCCAUCCCCUAGCAGGACAGGGAGUCAACAUGGGAUUUGGGGAUAUUUCCAGCUUGCUCCGUCACCUCAGCACAGCGGCAUUUAAUGGGAAGGAUCUAGGUUCCAUGAGCCACCUUACAGAGUAUGAGACAGAGAGGCAGCGCCACAACGUCUCUCUCAUUGCUGCCACAGACUUGUUAAAGAGGCUUUACUCCACCACUAUUGCUCCUCUGGUGCUGCUAAGGAUGUGGGGCCUGCAGGCAACAAAUGCUGUUUCUCCACUCAAAGUAAGCCCCGCUCCCAUAUGGGCCUUGAGGCCUUAAGCUCAGGAGGGGAGAAGAUAAGGGAUAAGGGGGACCCAGGCUGGCCCGGGAGUCUGAGGCUACACAUCCUCUCAUGAGAGUCAUUUAACUGACCUGGACCUGUGUUCCCAUCCACACAUAAACUGGCCAAGGAGAUGCCACCUUGUUAAUGGGAGUGAGUCAGGAGGGAUGAAUUGUCUCCCUUCCUUCUGUUCAGUCUUGUAUGGAUCUGACAAAAGAUCACCUAAACCUUAGGGGAGAAUUAUAAUGUUAGUUAGCAUAUCUAUAGUUCUGGAAGGUUGAGAAUCACUUCACAAACAUUAAUCUCAUAUUCUCUUCUCAUUGACCUUGGGGAGUUGGUGCUGUUAUGAUCCCCAUUUUAUAGGUAAGGAAACCAAGGCAGAUACUGGUUAAGUGGUUUGCCCAAGGUCACAGAGCUAGGAAGUGUCUGUGGCCCCAUUUGAACUCCAGUUUUCUUCUCUCCGAUUCAAUACCUAGCUACUGCUUAGGGGAGAGGAAGCCAUUGUAGACUGAAGUGGCUAGAAAGCCUCUGCAUUUCUCUGGCCCCAUAUACAUCUCUAAAUAAAUAAGUCCCAGAAGGAUGAAUUGGGAAAAAAGUCCAAAUCAGCCUUUUGAUCCACUUCCCCUAAUGUUGUUACAUCAUAGAUUUGGGUUUAAAAUCGGUUCAUCACCAGUGUUACCUUUAGCUCCUUCAGAGGACCUUUUUUUGUUUGUUUUUUUCCAAACCAGGAACAGAUUAUGGCCUUUGCAAGCAAAUGAAUGACCUACUUCCUGGUCAUUGUUUUGAGGAAUAGGGGAGGCAUAGACCAGAUAGACUGCAUCAAUCAAAUAAAUUAUUUUCAAAAUUUAAUAAACUUGCCUUUUACUAGAA